UUUAUUGUUUUAAUAGUUUCGUGAGCUGUUUGGUGGUCAAGCAUUCCCUCGGAGCCGACAGAAAUCAGAUUUGUCAACCUGAUAGGAUACGGGUCAAAGCAGUUUACGAUCAGAAAAUAACUCAAGGCCCCGAGGUUGAUUUUGUUUGCAAUAGCCUCCUGUUGUUUAUUUUUUUGUUACAAAUAAAAAAAAAUAAUUAAAAAAUGAAUAAAAUAGAAAAUAUCUCUCAAAAAAGAUCAUUUGAAGAGGACAAUGUGAUAUGCAAAAAAAAGAUUGUUGAAGUAACUUAUAAUGAUAAAAAUCCUAUAUCAGUCCUGAAUGAGCUACGCUUGGGCUUAAAAUAUAAUAUCAUUGAACAAAAAGGUCCAUCACAUGCACCCAUCUUCAAAGUAUCUGUAGAAGUAGAUGGUCAUAUUUAUUACGGUGUGGGAGGUUCAAAGAAAUUAGCAAAGGCUAAAGCGGCUGAAGAGGCGCUGAAAUCAUUCAUCCAAUUUCCAAACAAUGGGAAAAUCAUAACAACUCAUGAAGUGAUAACUAACGGUGAUUUUACAAGUGACUCAUUCGAAACAAAAAAAGUCAAACCAGACGUAAACGUGCCAAAGAGGGGAAUAGCCAAAGCUCCAAUUAUGUUGCUUCAUGAACUUUAUCCGAACAGUGAGUUGGACAUUGUUAGUAAUGAUGGUGAUCAGUUUUCUAGGUUUAAAGCAACUAUCACUGUUGAUAAAGAGCAUUAUGUUGGAACUGAUGGUGAAAGGAAGCCCAAAAGCGAGAUAUCCCUGAGUCAAGAGUGGCAAAGUCCUAUAUCGAUUUUGAACAACUUCGCGGUUAAACUUAAGUACGAGUUGGUCGAUCAAAGCGGUCCUGCGCACUCCCCCACGUUUACAGUUGUGGCAAAAAUGGAUGAUAAGACGUUCACGGGAGUUGGAAACAGCAAAAAGAUGGCCAAACACAAAGCUGCACAAGAGGCGCUCCGUGUUCUCAUGGAAGACGACAAAACAUCCAAGAAAUAUGUCGUAAACGAUCUAACCGAGUCGAAGAUCAAGAAAUCGUUAGGCAAGAUGUUCAAGAAGGGUAAGUGCAUGGUUAAUCCAAUAUCAGCGUUGAACGACAUGUCGGUUGGUGCCCGCUACGAAGUUUUGGAGCAAGAGGGUCCAGCUCACGCACCAAUCUUCAAAGUGGUCGCCAUAGUUGACAACAACAAGUACACCGGCGUGGGCAUGACCAAGAAGCAGGCCAAGAUGAAGUCUGCAGAGGAAGCUCUCAGAAGCAUGCACGAAGCCGCUUGUUUGAAUAACAACAACGAAUCCGACUCGGAAACGAGCUCGACUUGUGGGGACGGCUCGCUGACGUGCGGCUCCGAAACGGACGCUUCCGAUGAACAAUCGAACGGCGGCGGCCGGACGGUGCCGAACGCGCACCCAGUGUCCGUUCUGCACGAGAUACGAUCUGGUCUGGUUUUCAAAGUUGAGGAAGAGACUGGUCCGCUGCACAAGCCCGAGUUUCGCAUCUCGGUCGAGGUGGACGGCGAGAAGUUUUACGGUGUAGGUGGCACCAAGAAAUUGGCCAAAUGUAACGCCGCACAGAGUGCUCUCACCUCGCUGAUGCGCUACUCGGAUGAUCAGAAACUAAUCGCCGCUCGCCUCAGCAAUGACGGCUCCAAGAAAAAGGAGAUCAAUCGGCUUCUGUCGAAGAAAGGUGUGCUCAAGCAUCCGCUUAUGUUAGUCAAUGAAUUGUUUCCCAACAGCGAGUUUGAUGUUACGUUUAAGGCGUUGGAUGAAUUUUCACGGUUCAAGGCUGUUUUGACACUAAACGAUGACACCUUCGUAGCCACUGGUGCAAGUAAGAAAUUAGCAAAAAACGCCGCUGCCACAAUAGCUCUGAGAAAAUUAGUCAAUUAUCAACCUAACGGUGAUUCAAAUCCAAAUGCCCAAUUUAAAAAUGUGUCUACCGAGGAACAAGAACUAGCAGACACUAUCGGAAGAUUGGUGAAUGACAAGUUCAGUGAGCUUAUGGAAAACGACGUCGCACACUCCAAAAGGAAAGUUUUGGCGGGUAUCGUGAUGACCUACGAUUCCGAUCCACAACACGCCAGAGUUAUUUCGGUGGCAACUGGAACGAAGUGUGUGUCUGGAGAGCACAUAAGUAUGAUGGGCAGAUCCGUGAACGACAUGCACGCAGAAAUUCUGAGUCGAAGAGGUUUAGUUAGUUUUCUCUAUUCGGAGCUUGAGAAACUAAUCGUUCCCGAAGAAGCAUCAGAUUCUAUAUUUGAGCCACGACCAGACGGCAAUGGUUAUAAGUUAAAGUCGAAUAUACAGUUCCAUUUGUACAUAAGCACGUCGCCCUGUGGCGACGCACGGAUAUUCAGUCCACACGAAGAAUACGCUGCUGUCGACAAACAUCCGAACAGAAGUUCACGGGGCCAAUUAAGAACAAAGAUCGAAUCAGGUGAAGGAACCAUUCCUAUCAAGUUAACUAGCGUCAGUCAAACGUGGGAUGGCGUGAUUCAGGGAGAACGAUUAUUAACCAUGUCUUGUUCAGAUAAGUUAUGUAAAUGGAAUGUUUUGGGUCUGCAAGGCGCAUUAUUGUCUCAUUUUAUAGAACCAGUGUACCUGAGUAAUAUUAUUUUAGGAAGUUUGUUAAGAGAAACGCAUCUUUUUAGGGCAAUAUGUGGACGAAUCGAGACAAGUCUGCAGGGAUUGCCUCCGCCAUAUCUCCUUAACAGGCCCGGCAUGCUCCUGCUAAGUGCCCCGGAGGUACGACAACCGUCCAAGGCUCCAAACUUUGCCGUAUCGUGGACAAUUGGAGACGAAGCAGCCGAGAUUAUAACCACGACAACAGGAAAAACGGAGGGUGGACAACACGCGCGAAUCUGCAAGCAAGAGUUCGCUCACAAAUUUGCAAGUCUUAUUGCUGCGGGUCGGUUAACGACAAUUUGUCCUGAUAAAAUGCGCGAAUGUCCACCCAUGUAUUGUGAGGUGAAGGAGGCGGCGAAGAACUAUAAUGUAGCAAAAGGUAGCCUGUAUGAGGCGUUCAAAAAAAGUGGAUUAGGAUCAUGGGUUUCCAAACCAGUAGAACAAGACAUGUUUGAAAUUUAGUAGUAUAAAUUUUAUCCAUGUCCUAUUUAACUGGUUUUCCACCUUAUUACCUACAACACAUAAAUUGUUCAUCUGAUUUUAGUGUUGUAGGUUUCCAUGGGAAUUAUUUCUUGUAGCAAUACAAUUCUACUCAAUACCUGAUUUUGAUGUGCGACCUCUAUGAAAACACAUCUUUUUUCUGUUUUUUUUUAAUUAUGAUAAAGUUUAUCAAACUAGGAUUUAAGAUUAAAAACUAUUCAUAGUAAGUAACGAAAAAAUGAUUUUCAAAAUAGACGUCCCAUUAUCAAAACGUUUAGAAAUUAGAUUGUAAAUCUCAAUUCCAACUAAAAAAUCUGAAAUAUUUAUUCCCAUGUAAUUUACGUUGUUUUAAUUUGAAAAUGUCUUCUUUUUCAUUUACUUAGUUUUAAGUUCAUAUCUGUAUAAAUUUAUCAUUAAAUAUAAUCAUAAUUAUUAAA